UAAACAACCCCGUCCUCUGAUCCGCGAGAACAAUGAAUAACGCGCACGUGAAACACGAGAAAAUGAAUCAAUUCGUUUGCGUGGAGGAUUACGAGAUACACGCGCAGAAGAACUUGCCGCCCACUGUUAGAGACUAUUACAAUUCAGGGGCGGGAGAGCAGUUCAGCUUGAAAUUGAACACGGAAGCAUUUAGGAAAUUUAGAAUACGGCCCAGAUUUUUGAGAGAUGUCUCCAAACGGGACAUAAGUACCACGAUUUUAGGUGAAAAGAUUUCAAUGCCUUUAGGGGUAGCGCCCACAGCUAUGCAACGCAUGGCACAUCCCGAUGGCGAAUGUGCAAACGCAAGGGCCGCUGAAGGAGCUGGUACCAUCUACACAUUGUCUACAAUAGCAACAAGUAGCAUCGAAGAAGUAGCGAAAGCGGCACCAAAAGGAAUAAAAUGGUUCCAACUGUAUAUAUACACAGAUCGAAAUGUUACAUUAAGUUUAGUUCAACGAGCAGAACGCGCAGGUUUCAAAGCACUUGUUCUAACAGUCGAUGCACCGUUGUUUGGAGAUAGGCGAGCCGAUAUUAGGAACAAAUUUACGUUACCAAGUCAUUUGAGGCUAGGUAAUUUUGACGGAGUUCUGUCAAAUGGAGUAAAUACAACAAAAACAGGUUCUAGUUUGAACGAGUAUGUAGCAAGUUUGUUUGACGCCUCUCUGUCAUGGGACGACAUCAAGUGGCUACGAAGCGUUACAAGUUUACCAAUUGUUCUGAAGGGCGUCCUUACACCACAGGAUGCAGUCUUAGCUAUAGAACACGGGGCUAAAGCGAUCAUUGUUUCGAAUCAUGGCGCUCGACAAGUUGACAGUAUUCCCGCUUCGAUCGAAGCUUUACCGGAAAUUGUUAAGGCUGUAAAUGGAAGAAUCGAAGUUUACCUGGACGGAGGUGUAAGGCAAGGGAUCGACGUUUUCAAGGCGCUUGCUUUGGGUGCUAAAAUGGUGUUCGUCGGUAGACCAAUGUUAUGGGGUCUCUCCCACGCGGGUGAAAAUGGCGCCCGACGCGUUCUCGAACUUUUUAGAAAAGAAAUCGAUCUGGCUUUCGCACUGACAGGGUGUAGAACGGUCAGUGAAGUGACAGAGAAUAUGGUCAAGCACGAAUCCUAUUAUAGUAAUCUGUAACUGUAAUAUUAUCG